AUGAUCGAUACCCAAAGUGCUGUUCAUUUAUUUCUCAACUCUCGAGUCAAGGAUGCCGAGACCUUUCUCGUUGAAAAGUACUGCAAGACUCUCCCACACACUCUUGGAUAUGGAGUGAUUCUUUCUCUCAAGUGCUUAAUGACCCUCGAUCGACACGACAUUGACGCUGCAAUGGAUGCGCUGCAUAUCACUGUAGAGGUAGCACAGGUUCUACGCAAGGAGCAAACCAUUGUUGGUUCGUUGACUGGGUUUGUGUUUGGUGGUGGUCGAGGCGGUAAAGAUGGUUUGCAUUUCAUGAAAAUGACUCGUAUCCAACGUCAUGCCGAGGUCGUCUUUGCCGAGGCCUACCUUCUUCAAGCUGUCUUGUCUCUUCUAACCGAUACGAAUAUGGUCACGUUUGUUCGUGAAGGCUUGAAUAUUCGUCAAGCCUAUUCCAUCUUUAAAAGUGGAUUUCUGUUUUUGGAGCGUGUUUGGGACGAGGAGGGAUCGCAUGGAUUGAUUUCGCAUCAGAUUGAUCAGCAUUUUAUCAAUGCAGUCUAUCACGGCAUUGGCACAUUUAAUCUGGUAUUAUCUGUACUGCCAGCAAGGCUAAUUAAUCUAUUUGAAAUGAUUGGAUUUUCAGGAAACCGCCAGUUUGGCAUGAGAUGUCUAGAAUUGGAUGGUAAACAGGCUGUUACUGGUGUUCGAUCGUUUUUAUGUGAUCUCUCGCUACACAUGUAUCACAUUGUCCUUUCCUCUAUGAUACAAAUGCCUGGAUGCAAUGUUCCGUUAUCACGCCAAGUGCUCACGCUCAAUCUUCAAAACCAUCCAGAUUCCUUCCUGUAUCUCACACUUCAAGCACGACUUCUUCAAAGCGAGGCCAAACCCGAUCAAGCCAUUAUCAAACUCAAUCGUGUAAUUGAUAUACAGAAUGAUUGGCGUCAACUUGCCCAUAUCUGUUUUUGGGACUUGGGAAUGUGCCAUGCUGCAUUGGGUAACUGGAAACAAGCAAGCGAGUGCUACAAGAUCCUGUUUGAAGAAUCUACUUGGUCUCCUGCCAUUUAUCUCUAUCUUCAAGCUGCAUUUCUUUAUAUGCAUGACGCAAUAGGUUGCAAGCAAGAUAUUGAAACUAUGCUGAAGCAAGUACCCAAGCUGUGCAAAAAAGUUGCCGGUAAAUCCAUCCCAUUGGAAAAGUUUGUCUCUAGAAAAUCAAGAAAAUAUUUCUUGCAGGGAAAAAGACUUUUACUUCCUGGGUAUGAGAUCAUGUAUAUGUGGAAUGGGUUUGAC